AUGUCCCUAUCACAUGGACAAUAUGCGAUACAAUGUCAGUUAUGUGAAGGAGACCCUAAAGUAAAAUGGAAUUGUCUCGACUGUGAAUUAUUGAUGUGUAGUAAAUGUAAAGAUAAAGUACAUUCUAAAUUCAAGUCGGAAAAAGUCCAUAGAAUCAUUGAUAUAAAGGAUGUAGGCCAACAAAGCAAGUGUGAAGAACCAGAAGAGAGAGUAAGCAGUUCUCCAACUAAUGUUAAACUUAAAAACAUUAAAGAAUACAAGACUAGAACAGUGGACAUCAGUUUUUUGGCAGUAUCCCUGGAUGGUUCAUUAUGGAUUGGUGAUGGAGAUAAGGAGGAAGGUUUCCACCUCUUUACAUCAUAUACAGCCCUACAGAAUGUUAAACUUGUAGGGGAUAAGGUGAAGGUCCUUUCCAGUUUUAACAUUGAGGUAUAUGAUAUAGCUGUUACACCUUCCAAUGACAUUUUACUGGCUAUAGAGGGAUCAAGACUGAAGCAGAUCAAGGCUGGAUCUAAUAAAGUGUCUGAUUCUGUGUACUUUGUAGAACUGUCUUAUAUCACUAGUGUUCAUGUGACUAAAGAUGGCAGAGUGAUAGUAGGUGGAGGUAAAGUGAUUGUUGUUAUGGACACAGAUGUUAAAUAUCUAGCAAGGUAUGAAGAGGAUGAAAACAAGAAACCUAUAUUUGAUGGAACUAUUUGGUCUACAACCAGUACCCUGAAUGGUAAUAUUUUUGUGGCCCAGCCAUAUUUUAAUCCAAGAGUAGUUGUUUUAUGUAAAGGAGAUGUCAUCAAUAAUUACACAGGACCUCCUUCCAUCAAAAGUCAAAGAAGGUUCAAUCCUCGGUCAGUUAUAACCACACCAAUGGACCAUGUUAUUGUAGCUGACUGUUUUAAUCAUUCACUACAUAUACUGGACAAUACUGGUCAUCUACUGACCACCUACAAUACCAAAGACAUAGGUAUAGAAUAUCCACGAUCUCUAACCAUUACUAUGGAAGGACCCUUUGCAGUGUUGUAUAUAGGAUGUCGUAAUACAGGGUCAUGUGAAGACAGUUCUGACACUGGACAGCUGUACAAAACGAAUAUUAUGGGAUGUUAA